ACGCGUAUCGCGACUUGUCGCAUCGAUCCGCGCGAGAGAAUAUCCAGCCAAUUAUUCUCGGCGAACAGCGAUCGACUCCGCGAGUGCAGGUGUGUCCUUGUGUGUUUGAGUAUCGAUUCGGCGUCGUCUCCGAAAAUAAGUGCUUCUAAGUGAUAAAGAUAAUCUAAGCAGUAACAGCAUCAGCAGCAACAAUGUCAGCAAAAGCAAUUCGUGAGGCGACCGGCAAGGAUUUGAUCAACCGCAAACUAGGAGCUGGUACAUCAGCAGCCAAAUGUCGCUUCGUUAGUAUCGACGAGUCGACCAAUUGGUCUCAUCUGGUAGCUGAAAAUCCAUGGCUCGCGAACGAACGUUUGGUUGUCAAACCCGAUCAGCUGAUCAAGAGACGCGGAAAGCUUGGACUUAUCAAGGUCAAUGCGAAUUUCAGCCAGUGCCAGCAAUGGGUGAACGAGCGUAUGAACAAGGACCAGCAAGUAGGCAAAGCCACUGGCAAGCUCAAGAAUUUCAUUAUCGAGCCGUUCUUGCCACACAAGCCUGAGGAAGAGGUCUACGUAUGCAUCUACUCGCACAGAAUAGCCGACACGAUUUUGUUCCAUCACGAGGGUGGCGUGGACAUCGGUGAUGUUGAUGCCAAAGCACUAAAACUCGAAGUAGCAGUCGGAUCGUCGAUUCCCGACGAAGCAACUAUCAACUCGAAACUGCUAACACACGUGUCAGCUGCUAAAAAACCCGUCGUCGCAAAGUUCAUCCAAACCUUGUAUAAGCUCUACGUCGAUCUCUACUUCACCUACUUGGAAAUCAAUCCAUUGGUGGUGACCGACGAUACAAUUUAUAUCCUCGAUCUCGCCGCAAAAUUGGACACUACUGCCGACUUUAUCUGUCGGCCGGAUUGGGGUGAAAUUGACUACCCACCUCCAUUCGGCAGGGAUGCCUAUCCUGAAGAAGCCUAUAUUGCGGAUUUGGAUUCUAAGUCCGGUGCAAGUUUAAAACUCACUAUCUUAAACCCCAAUGGAAGGAUUUGGACUAUGGUUGCUGGUGGAGGUGCAUCAGUCAUAUACUCAGACACAAUUUGCGAUUUGGGAGGUUCAUCCGAGUUGGCUAACUAUGGAGAAUAUUCGGGUGCUCCAAGUGAACAACAAACGUACGAGUACGCCAAAACAAUUCUUAGUCUUAUGACCAAAGAAAAACAUCCCGAAGGAAAGGUUCUCAUUGUGGGUGGCGGUAUCGCAAAUUUCACGAACGUGGCUGCCACGUUUAAGGGUAUCGUCAAAGCUCUGCAACAGUUCCAACCAAAACUAGUUGAGCACAAUAUAAAGAUUUUUGUAAGAAGGGCUGGGCCUAAUUACCAGGAAGGUUUGAGGAUUAUGCGCGAGGUCGGAAAACGUCUUCAGAUUCCCGUGCAUGUCUUCGGCCCAGAGACUCACAUGACAGCGAUAUGCGCAAUGGCUAUGGGCAAGAAACCCAUUCCCAAUCCUGAAGCUCAAGAAUUCUCUACGGCUAACUUUCUUCUCCCGUCCGGUCAAGACGUAGGUCCAUCGGCGCCAGAUUCUGGCUCGUCUACACCUUCCUCGCCGACGAAACAACCACGCAUUCAAAAAAGCGAUUCCGUCGACUCGACAUCAAUGAAACCAUUAUUCAGCGGCAAAACUAAAGCCAUUAUCUGGGGUAUGCAGACUCGGGCCGUUCAAAGUAUGCUCGACUUUGAUUUUGUUUGCCGUCGUAACGAACCGUCUGUUGCUGCCUGUGUGUAUCCCUUCACUGGUGAUCACAAACAAAAAUUUUAUUGGGGUCACAAGGAAGUGCUGAUUCCUUCCUACAAAAACAUGAAAGACGCGAUGACAAAGCACUCAGACGCAGACGUGAUGAUUACGUUCGCAUCUCUUCGUUCGGCCUACGACAGUGCAGUGGAAGCCAUGCAGUUCCCUCAAGUCAAGACCAUCGCAAUUAUUGCCGAAGGUAUUCCCGAGAAUAUGACAAGAAAACUGAUUUUAAAGGCUCAUGAGAAGAAAAUUACUAUCAUUGGACCGGCUACCGUUGGUGGAGUCAAACCUGGCUGUUUCAAAAUUGGUAAUACAGGUGGUAUGAUGGAUAACAUUCUGCACAGCAAGCUCUACAGGCCUGGCAGUGUAGCUUAUGUAUCUCGAUCGGGUGGCAUGUCCAAUGAACUUAACAAUAUUGUUUCUAAAGCUUCAAACGGAGUUUUUGAAGGAGUAGCCAUUGGCGGUGACCGUUAUCCAGGAACGACAUUCAUGGAUCAUAUCAUGCGUUACCAGAAAGAUCCUGAAGCUAAGCUGAUAAUUUUAUUAGGUGAAGUAGGCGGUGUCGAAGAAUACGAAGUAUGCGAAGCUCUCAAGUCCAAGCGUAUAACGAAGCCUUUGGUUGCGUGGUGCAUUGGUACUUGUGCAAGUAUGUUCAACUCCGAAGUGCAGUUUGGACAUGCAGGUUCAAUCGCCCACUCAAACCUCGAGACAGCAAUUGCAAAGAACGCAGCACUCAAAGCUGCCGGAGCUUAUGUUCCUGACAGUUUCGAUACCCUCGGAGAUCUCAUUCAGACAGUCUACGAUCAGCUCGUCUGGGAUGGUGCCAUUGUACCAGAACCUGAAGUGCCGCCACCAACUGUUCCAAUGGACUACAGCUGGGCUAGAGAAUUAGGACUUAUCCGCAAACCGGCUUCAUUCAUGACUUCUAUUUGCGACGAGCGUGGCCAAGAACUUUUGUAUGCUGGUAUGCCGGUAACAGAAGUACUAAAGCAAAACGUUGGUAUUGGUGGCGUCGUAUCGCUACUUUGGUUCCAACGAUGCUUGCCUCCAAUCUACUGCAAGUUCCUAGAGAUGUCCUUGAUGCUGACUGCCGAUCAUGGACCAGCUGUAUCUGGAGCUCACAAUACGAUUGUUUGCGCCAGAGCUGGAAAGGACCUCAUCAGUUCUCUUGUUUCUGGAUUGUUAACUAUUGGUGAUCGUUUUGGUGGUGCUCUGGAUGGCGCUGCGAAGAUGUUUUCGGAAGCCUACGAUGCUGGUCUUCAUCCUCAGGAAUUUGUCAAUAACACUCGUAAGAAGGGUUUGUUGAUCAUGGGUAUUGGUCACAGGGUCAAGUCGAUCAAUAAUCCAGACAUGCGAGUCAAACUCAUCAAGGAAUACGUUUUGGAAAACUUUGAGAAGAAACCGUUGGUCGAGUACGCUCUUGAGGUUGAGAAGAUAACCACUACGAAAAAACCAAACCUGAUUUUAAACGUCGAUGGUGUUAUCGCUUGCGCUUUUGUUGACAUGCUUAGAAAUAGUGGAAGUUUCACGAGGGAAGAAGCUCAAGAAUACAUUGAAAUUGGAGCGAUCAACAGUCUUUUCGUUCUUGGUAGAAGUAUAGGAUUUAUUGGUCAUUACAUGGACCAAAGAAGGUUAAAACAGGGACUUUACCGCCAUCCUUGGGAUGACAUCUCUUACGUGCUACCAGAACAGUACAACUGAAGAGUUUCCCAUAAUUAUCUACGUCCAUCGUAUAAAUGUUAAUCGAUCAGAAAUGAAUCUACGUCAAUGAUAUUAAAAAUAAUGAAAAAAUUACGUGUAAUUGACGAGAAUUCCGAAAAAAAAUAUAUCCGUACAACAUGAGUAGGACUCACUUAGGUAGCGAUGUUCUAAUCAAUGAAUUGGAUCAACGCUUCUGUUAUCAGCAUUGAUCCAACAACAGCACUGGCACAUUUUGCACCGUCGAAAGUCCGUUAAUUGCCUUAAACAAACGAGAAACAAAUUUAUGUUUUUAGAAGUUUUAGUCGCUGUGCGACAAUUACAUUUAAGAAAUGAAAUGUGAAUGGAAAAGAACAUAUUGGUUUUAGCAUUCCAGAUUCUGCAUUUGUUUUUAAAGACACGAAUGUACGAUAUACUUGUAUUACUCGAAUUUUUGUAUAUAUAUAUAGACGUCGGCUCACCUAAGAAAAACAGCACAAAUGCGAAUUUUUUUUAGUUCGCAUUACAUGAAACUUAAACAUCUAUGUACCCUAUGGGAGACGCGAAUUGUUUUACUUUUUUUAAGCUUCGGUUAGGUUCGCAUGUUUAACGAGUGAAGUAGUUAAAAAAACUGCACAAUAAAAGUGAACUAUUCUACUAAGAAAUAAGAAUUUAGUAUACAUAUUCAAUAUACAUGUAUAAUAUUUAUGUAUGUACGUAUUAUUAUUUAAGAAUUUAUUUAGCGUCUUUUAAUUAUUUUAUUUGCACUAAAAAAAUAUCUGGUUAAUAAAUGUAGAAAAAAACAAGAAACUAAAUUGGUUAUUAAUCAUGUUAUCUAUAAUUCUUAUAAUUAUGUAUGGAUAGAAUGAAAAAAAUAUGAAAUAAAAACAAUAGCUAA